AUUGGGGCGGAGUGUUGUCGGCGAGAAUACAACCAUUCCAGAAAUGGCCGAAUAGCCGGCAGGCACCAGAAAACCACAACUCGCGUCGAAUGAUGAGUUUUGCAGUCGGGCAGGGGUCUUUAUCAGAACGACGCUUACCUGACAAACUGCCAUUAAACGACUGGAAGAUUCCUGCUGGAUUGCAAAUCACGCUCUGGUAUGCAAGACUCAUAAUUCUGAAGGACUGGCUGGUUUUCACUUUUGCUCAACCGCAAACUCCGCAACUCCGGCACUCCGCGUGCACUUUGACUAGCCUGAGUUAGCGCCCAGACUCCGUCGACUCCGUCGACUCCAGCUCUGUUUGAUGGUUUCUCUCCGCAACUGCGGGCGGAAUCACGGAGAGCAAGAUGGUUCUCUACGUUUGCGCUCCCCCCGAGCUCAGUAUAAAUAGGAGGGCUUGGACCGAGUAUUCUCACCAUCAUCAACAACCCCAACAAUCACCUUCCCAAAGCAACAAUCACGCUUUCAAUCCUCUCUCGGAUCCAAUCCAAGUUUCAACAAACACACCAAACCAACCACCAAAAUGCCCGCCCGCAAAGCCCUAAUCGCCGUCACCUCGGCCAGCGCCCCGCUCUUCAACGGCGCCGAGACCACCGGCCUCUUCAUCAUCGAAGCCCUCCACCCCUACAAGGCCCUUGUCGCCGCCGGCUUCGAAGUCGACCUCGCCUCCGAGACGGGCAGCUACACGCCCGACUGGCUUUCGCAGCAGCCCGACUUCCUCAACGGCGAGGACCUCGAGAUCUGGAACGAUGUCAACAGCGAUUUCCGCAAGAAGCUCGACAGCAUGCCCAAGGCUUCGGAGCUACUCACUAAGAAGGGGGACGAGUAUGGGCUGUUCUUUGCUUCGGCCGGACACGCCUCUCUCAUUGAUUACCCGACUGCCAAGGGCUUGCAAGGCAUCGCCGAGAAAGUCUGGGCCAACGGUGGUGUGGUCGCGUCUGUCUGCCACGGGCCUGCCAUCUUUGCCGAUGUGAAGGUUCUCAAGACCGGCGAGCCGGUUAUCAAGGGGAAGAAGCUCACGGGAUUCACGACCGAGGCCGAGCACACCAUGGGGAUUAUGGACGAGCUGAGGGCGUUCCCUGCCGAGAUGGUUGAGGAGCUUGCGGAGCGGUUGGGUGCCAAGUACGAGCGAUCGGCUGGCAUCUGGGAUGACUUCCAUGUUGUUGACGGGCGCUUGGUUACGGGGCAGAACCCUGCUAGUUCUACCUCGACUGCCAAGGCGGCCAUUGAGGUUUUUGAGAAGCUGUAGAUGUGCGAGAACAGCGACGACCGAAUCAUGGAGUUCUAUUAUAGAUUGCAAUGAAUUAUUUGUUUUGUCUUGUCAGCUAUAUCUUGAAUACAGCCAGAAAAUAGUGGCAACCCACUUCUACU